ACCGCCCACUCAUGAACGGCCACGCCCACUCGGAGCUGUUCAACUCUGCACGUUUACCAACAUGGCGGCGCAGACAGACCGCGGAAUCCCUUUAAGCGCAGUUAGUCCACGUUAUCUGCAUACAAACUCUACAAGCCACACUGGGCCCUUCAGCGCUAUAGCAGAACUGAUCGACAAUGCUUAUGACCCAGAUGUCAGUGCGAAACAAUUCUGGAUUGAUAAAACAGCAGUCAAAGACCAGGACUGCCUCAUCUUCAUGGAUAAUGGAAAUGGCAUGGACUAUGACAAGAUGCACAAAAUGCUCAGUUUUGGCUUCAAUGAUAAGCAGACAAUAAGAGGCCAUGUUCCAGUGGGUCUUUAUGGUAACGGUUUUAAGUCGGGCUCCAUGCGCUUGGGGAAGGACGCCAUCGUGUUCUCAAAGAAAGACGACACCAUGUGUGUGGGUCUCCUGUCCCAGACUUACCUCGACAAGAUAGAAGCACAGAAUGUCAUAGUGCCUAUUGUCAUGUUCACCAACAACGGACUUAGUGUUGCACAGGAGUAUACGGAGUGUCUUCAAGAUAUCCUGACCUAUUCUCUGUUUAAGACUAAGGAAGAACUGCUGUCUGAGUUCACUGCCAUCAAUGGCCCAUAUGGCACCAACUCCACUGGAACUCGCAUCAUCAUCUGGAACCUACGCAAAACGUCGUCAAAUGAAUUGGAAUUUGACUUCACAAAGGAUCGCUAUGAUAUUCGGAUCCCCUAUGACGUUAACGAGGACACCAAAGAGCCAAGCAAGGGGCCGGAGCAUGGGAUGUCGGCACCUGAUAGCGAAUAUUCACUGCGGGUAUACAGCAGCAUCUUGUACCUAAAGCCUAGAAUGCAGAUUAUUAUUCGAGGGCAGAAGGUGAAAACUCAGCUCGUCGCCAAAAGCCUAGCCCACAUCAUCAAGGACACGUACAAACCCACAUUCCUUAAAAAGGGAAUUAAAAUCAUCUUUGGCUACAACACAAAGAGCAAAGAGCACUACGGAUUGAUGAUGUACCACAAAAACCGCCUCAUCAAAGCCUAUGAACGUGUCGCCUGCCAGCGCAAGGCCAACAGUACCGGAGUUGGAGUGAUCGGGGUGAUAGAAUGUAACUACCUCACACCAAUGCACAACAAGCAGGACUUUGAGAAUACAGAAGUGUACAGGAAAACCAUACAAAGUGUAGGUAAUAAGCUUGAGGAAUAUUGGAAGGAAGUCCGCCAUAGACGUCAGAAAAACCCGAAUUGCAGCUUACCUGUUGAAGAUGUUGUGAAGCGACCCGAUCAAAGCUGGGUGCAGUGUGACGAAUGUCUGAAGUGGCGAAAACUUCCUGAUGGUAUUGAGACUACAUUGCUUCCUGAUAAAUGGUUCUGCCGCAUGAACCCUGACCCCCAGUUCAGGAGUUGUGGGGUUGUAGAAGAGCCUGAAGAUUCGGAUGAUGAAAAUCCACGAUACCAGAAAACCUACAAACAGCUUGAGAGACAUCAGAAGUUGCAGAAGGAGAAGAACAGACAGCAGAUGGAGCAGGAGCAGAAAGAGGCAGGGCAGUUGAUCAUAGCUCUGGCCAAAGAAAAUGCUCUGUUAAAGCAACAACAGGACGCCGUUCUGAACCAGCUCAAACUUGGCGGCUCCACCCCAGGAACGCCCAGCACACCCCUCAAUUCCCAUCGCCAAAGAUAUGCAGGCUCCAGAUCUCCUGAUAACAUUCCAGUUAUCACUCAUGUUACGUCUCUCUCGAAUAUUUCAACAAGGAACAAGAGACCUUUGGGCCCAAGCCAAGAGAAUGGAGAGAAAAAGAGAGCCAGAUUUAGAGAUAGUUUUGACAACAACACAGCAGGUAGUCCUUCAACAUCCACAGCCUCACCUGAGGUCUGUUCCUCACAAAUUGUAUUCAGUCUUGAUGCUGAUGGUGAUCAAGCAGCGUGGAAAGAUAAUGAAACGACAACAAAGGAUGAUGACGACGACAUUAUGAUCAUUGAGAGCAGUAGCUCAGCUAGGCCAAACUCAGCAACAGGAACGUUUAACAUUGCUAAUGUAAAGUCAGAGCGCAAUGUGAGUGAGGAGGAGUCGGAAAAACAGAUGGAGUGUGUUGACAGUCAUACCAUUGUGUCCAUAGAGACAACAGCGGCAGCUCCGCGUUCUGUAUCCUCCAGUGAAGUCAGCAUUGGAACCCAGACUCGGCAAAACCCAGUUGUGAAACAGGAAGAGGGGGAUUCAGAAAGGAAGAAAAAAGAAAAGUGGAGCAAUGAUGGAGAAAGCUGUAGCAAUCGUUUGGAAUCAGAAAAAGAUACAAAGAAAGAAUUAGAGUCUCGUAAUGAGGAACUGAGAGUACCAAUCCUAGAAGAAGAAAACCAAGAAAGAAACAAGACCAAAAGUACAGUAAAAUCAGAAGACCUAAGCCUUCCAGUUAGUCAGACUUCAGCAAUAUCGGAAAACUCAGUUCUUGAUGUGUUGGAGUUCCAGAAACAGCAUGACAAACUGCUGGAAAUCCUGGAGGAGACGGCAAAGGAUCAAAAUGAGAACCACGCUAAAUUGGAGGAGCUGAAGAAAGAAUUGCUGGAGCUGACACAAAGCACGUUAAAAAAGGAGUACAGCCACCACAGCACACAGACCAGCCCAGACGAGGCACAAGACUACAAAGAGCUAUACUUGAAAGGCAAAGACGAGCUAAAGCAGCUCCAAGAUGAGCUCAGUGAGCUGAAGAUGGAGAAAGAAGAGAGGAAGAGAAAAGGCCAGGAAGCUUCAUUAGAGUGUGAUGAUGAUCUGGCUUGUGAGAUUGACCUUCUGUUAAGGGAACUGGACCAGAGAAACAAGGAGCGAGAAGAGCUGAAAGAUAAGGUGGACAGUCUAGAAAAUGAGAAGUGCAAUAUACUGACCUGCUGUGAGAGCCUGCAGAAAGAUUUCGAGGAGGUAAAGAGAGAAAUUGAAAAGACGAAGGUACGUGUAGAAAAUCAAGGGGUCCAGACAGAUUUUCCUGUUUCCUCACAUGAAGAAAGUGCGACAACUUCAUCAGGAGCCUCCAACUCUGGAAGAAGUACAGACUUUGGUACACAGCAGCAUGAGACACAGGACAUACCAAAAAUUGGACAAGAAACCAGUAACCUACAGACAUACAGCCUCAGGUUAAGAGAACUCCGACAAAAAGUGGCGCGUCUCCUGGUCACCUUCGUCCCUGCACUGGACCUUGAGCAGGUGAAUUACGAUUGCGAAGUCAUCGAUGAAAUUCUCACUCAGGUUAUCGAUGAGAUCUCCCCUACAGAACCAGCCUUUACGUAGGAACAGUGGUGACCAGUUGAGCACUGGUUCUUUUUACAUCAUUGAAUUUUACUUGACAAGACAUUAAAGUUUUUAUUGUUUUACUGUAUUUUGUUUGGAUAAGUGUCUUGGAAGUUAUUGCCACUUUACGACUACAGCCUGGGGAAUGUUUGAAAUUGAUUGAGAUCUAAUUUUUUACCAUAAAUUAAAUUAUAAUUAGAUUGACUUUUUCUUUUGUUGCUUUAUAAAUAAACGCAAAAUAAUUGUUACAUACAUUAUUAUUGUUAGCAUUCUUAUAUACUAGACUAAUCAUGCAAUAUUUUCUAAAAGAUUUUUUACUGAUUCACCACAGCUUCUUCCUCAUAUUGUCAUGUACUGUUUUUGUAACUAUAUAUUUGAAAAUGACGGCUUUGAACACUUUUGGUGUUUAAAUAAACAAGAAAUAACUGAG